AUGUUGACUGGGAGGUGCGUAAACCCCCUGCCAGAUAGUCAGAAGGGCCGAAAAGGAAGUAUUUCCCGCGACGGACGGGAGGAGAUGGAGGAGAAGAAGAAGCUCAACGAGGAGAAGCGAUGGGCUAGGCGCAAGGAAAAGAAGGUGAGGAAGAUGAAUGAGAAGGCAGAGAGGGAACUGGAGCGUGAGCAUGGUAUGGAGGAGGGAGCAGCAUCUAGCUCUAAGAUGUCAAGGAGGGAGCGGGCAAAGAAGGAGAGGAAGGAGAGGGAGGAGGGACACUGA